UUGCACUAUCGGUUACUGGUUAGCUUUAGUUGAAAAAACGUGUUCUUUUUAGUUACUAUAAAAUUUAAUAAGUUCGGYCAAAAUUCUCAUUAAAUUGUUUGAUAUAAAAUGUCAAAAUUGACCAAGUUUUUCGUCGGGAAUCUGCCGUGGACAGUCAGCAGCCGAGAACUCCGUAAAUAUUUUGCAUCAUUCGGCCACGUUGCUACCGCAGACGUAUUGUUCGACCACUCUACUGGUUUGUCGAAGGGAUACGGAUUUGUUCAGUUUUCUACACCAGGUGGAUACGAAAGCGUUUUAAACAAUGACAAACAUGAAUUAGAGGGGCAAACAUUGAUUCUUAAAAAAGCUGAUUAUCAAUAAUCAUUGUCUCUUACAAG